AUGAAGGUGGAGAGUUUACAGAAGGACAGCGAGUCUGUCCCUGUGUCCUCAGGCCGGCCCUGCGGUGGGGGGGGCAGCCCGGACUCGUCCUGCAUGUCCCGGCUGCUGAGCGCCGUGGAGAGCGAGCUGCAGGCCGGGCGGGAGAAGGGCGACCCGACGGAGCGCCAGCUGAAGGUGGCGCUAGAGGACGGCGAGCUGUGGACGAAGUUCCAGCAAAUCACCAACGAGAUGAUCGUCACCAAGAGUGGGCGGCGCAUGUUUCCCGUCCUGAAAGUGGGCGUGUCCGGCCUUGACCCCGCCUCCAUGUACUCCUUCCUGCUGGACUUCGUCCCGGCCGACGACUGCCGCUGGAAGUUCGUGAACGGGGAGUGGGUGGCGGCCGGCAGGGCGGAGGGGCGGGGCGAGGGGCGGGGCCAGGGCGGCAUCUACAUCCACCCCGACUCUCCGAACUUCGGAGCUCAUUGGAUGAAGGCGGCCGUGACCUUCAACAAGGUCAAGCUCACCAACAAGGUCAACGGAGGAGGUCAGAUCAUGUUGAACUCGCUCCAUAAGUACGAGCCUCAGCUCCACAUCGUGUGCGUUGGUUCUCUCCAUCGUCUGGUUUCUAACGUUUCCUUCAAAGAGACGCAGUUCAUCGCUGUCACCGCCUACCAGAACGAGGAGAUCACUGCUCUGAAGAUCAAACACAACCCGUUUGCUAAAGCCUUCCUGGACGCCAAAGAGCGGAACCCGGGUGGGCGGAGUUUACCAGACUCGUCAGAGAGUCGAGUUUCUGGGAUUCAAUCCUGCUGGUCGCUGUGUUCAGCUGGAGGAGGCGGGGCUUUCCCUUACGGCAGUAGCCUCCCACUGACAUCACAUCAUCACCAUGGUUACAAACACCACGGUUACCCGGGGCGACACUCCCCUUACCCCCCCGCCUACCUGCCGCACCGCUCCCACUCCGCAGUGACUUCCUGUCUGACUGCAGGUGUCCCGGGGAUGGACGCAGGCAGCAGCGCCCCCUGCAGGCUGACCUCUUCCUCCUCUCUCACCCUGACCAGCUCCUCUUCAUCAUCUCAGCCUCCUCAUCAGAACUCCAGUCAGUAUCCGUGUCCCUGGACGGUUGGAUGCAGCGAGCUAGGCCCCUCCCACCAUCCAUGCAACGCUCUCCACGGACCAAUCAGCAGCGAGAGUCUCAUGCAGCAUCGAGUGGGCGGUGCUGGCUGGCCGGCUGGCCCCACCCAUUCCUUCUGA